CUCGUGUCUGUCAGCCACAAUUACAAAAAAUAAUCGUCGUCGACUUUUCCAAUCAUUAUUCAUUCUGAAUACUAUUUCACCAUUAUUCCUUUACUUUGCAUCAUUAGAGAGUGUAGAGGAUCAAGAGGCUAAGAAGACAAAGGAUCGAAGGAGCAAGAAAUCUGAGAAGAUCAAAAAGAGAAGAGUAAUCGAAAACACGAGUCUUGUGAACGAGAAGAAAAAGGGACAGAAGGAAGGAAGGGAUUACGUGCGGUGGUGGGGGGCUAAAGGGUCGCGUCUUGGCUACUCUAUGUAGACUGUGCUUGUUCACGGUUCUUCUCUGGAGGGGAAGAAACCCGCUGGACAGGUUUUAAAGAGGGCCAAGACCGGUAUAUACCGGUCAUUUAACGUUGUGGAUCAUCGUGAACUUAUGAAACGGUGGAAUCAGAAUUUAUCCGUUUGGUAUCGUUCAUGGUGAUCAUUGAAAGUGGAUGAUAAGUCGAAGAAGAAAGUACGAAAGUGUUAUUUUUGACCAUGUUCAGUGAUAUUAUGUCAUCGAAACGAUAAAAGAGAUGUGGCAACACGGGGGAAUAAAGUUCAACUGACUUCGAAGAUGCACUGUCGACACGAAUGGAAAAGAAGUUAGAUCCUGAAGAACCAUGGACAUAAUUUACGAUCUUUCACGUUAGAUAUUAAUCUGAAAGAAGAUAAAAGAGAAAAUUUAUAGUGUUUACAGUGGUUUAACGGCGUGCAGCGUAAUUUAGAUUUCUAUUUAAAGGAGAAGUUAUUAAGAUAUUUAUAAUGACUUCUGUGUUACAUGAAGAGGAGUCAAAGGUCACUAGAAUGAAGCAGAAGUUAAUGAACGACACUCAUGUAAAAGAGGAAACACGCUCCUUUCUCAGCUUCUCUAGAGAAAACUUGAGCAUCUCUCAGUCAGACCUUGAGCAAGGUUUCAAUAAACAUCGCUUCCGGCCGAAUAGAAAUACGAUUAUAAGCGUGACAGCUCUGUUAAUCGCUCUUCUUUGCUUGGGUCUCGAAAGUUGGAAGUUUCAUUAUUCUUUAGUGAACGCGCGUGAAAUCGAAGAAUUAAAACGAAACGUGGAGAGUCUGAAGCACCGUUUUUUGGAGGAGGAUCUACUGGACGAGCUGAAAGCUUUCGAGGAGCAGUUAUACGCUGAAGAAUCCAAUGAUGAUGAUGAUGAUCCAGGGGAGGCAGAUAUUGACACCACCGAUUACGAUUCCAAUUAUGAUGACGAUACAUCUUCUCAUGAUUACCUGACAGACUAUCACUCUCCACCAACGUUUGGCGCAAGGCCAUCCGAAUUCCCUGAUACCUCAUCAACGAUCGCGCCCGUACCCUCUCCACCGGAGCUCAGUUCAGACAAAGCCACGAUAGAAUUGUGGGCAGCUAUGCGCAAGCUGGAGGCCAAGCACGGUCAAGAGUUGAAAAAGAUUCACAAGAACUUGGAUCGGGAUCGGGAUCGUGAUCACGAGAAAAAGGUGUUGGAAGAAAAAUUAGAUGAUCAAAAAAAUAAUACCAAAUGGAAAAGAGAUGUACCGGAUGUAGAAAGUACAAGGGAUCUUCUACUAAAUUGGAAGAUAGCCUUGAAACGUAAACGGUCAAUUGGAAAAGAGGAACAUGGUUCAGAGAGAUUGUAUAUUAAUAGACAUCAUCCAAAGAACUAUACUAGAAGGAUGACUGCUUCUGAUUCCAAUUCUAAAGAGAUGUGGGAGGAUAAAAGUUUUCAACAGGAUAAAAAUAAAUCCAUCGUGGUCACAAAUAGGUAUCCACCGAAGAAAUAUAACACCCACCAGGCUGUGGAUGCUAACCACGCGCCUCCUUCCAAACGCAGAGGCGAAUCCAGUGUGCAGAGUGGCUCGACGAGGUCCAGGAAAUCUUCUCGAAAACAUCGGUCCGCGCACCACACGACUUUCGCCGUUCACUAUGACGGGAACAAGGACUGGCGGUCACAUAAUGAUAAAAACACUGGAAACGGCAGAAUUCUACAUGGGGAUAGUGUUUUUAAGGCAUGGAAAGCCAGUUCCUGGGUAGAGACCAUUGGUAUGAAUAAAUACUUCCACAUGUCCAACAACGGGAGCGUAACCGUUUAUGAACCAGGAUUGUACCUGGUUUAUGCGCAGAUUCAUUACCGCGAUGAGCAUGAUGAACUUGGCUUUCAUUUGCAAGUGAACAACCAGUCCAUUCUACAGUGCGUGGUUGACAAUUCGUGUAAUUCGCGAAAUAUUAGCCAAACAUGUUUUUCUGCCCAACUGACUUCUCUUAAGAAGCAAGAUGUACUAGUCUUUAAGGAGGCUCAAGCAUCGAGGUAUGCCAUUUUCGACAAGGAAAACAGUUUCUUCGGGAUGGUGAAACUCGCAGAUAUUUGUACGUGAAAUAUAUAAUUGCGAUUGAUAGUAUAAUUGAAAUAUUGUAGCGAUAAGCCCCGACUGCAAUCGAACUCUAAUAGAAAGUAAUUUAUUGAGCGUGCAACGAUACGCCAAAGUGUUC